CCCGGCGGCCGCAGGAGCCCUCCCCGCUCGGCUGCGGACGGCCCCCAGCCCCCGGCCGCCUCUCGCCUCCCACCGCCCCCCGGAGCGCCGCCGACCAGGAAGGGCCCGAGGCUGUUCUGGUUUGUGACCUCCCUCUUCGACCAGGGAUGGGACUUGGCAUGGUGAAGCUUUGGAGGUCCUCAGCGAGGCAGCAGCUUGUCCGAGGAAGACAGCAAGGGGUUGUGGUCUGACUCUCACAGCUGGUACGACACCUUGCACCCCGCUGUUGGCAGGGGGAUGAAGCUGAACGAGCGGAGCGUGUCCCACUACGCCACCUGUGACUCGCCCGCUGACCACGCUGGCUUCCUUCGCAAGCGGGUGGAGCGGCACCACCACCAUGCCCACCACCACACCACCUCCUACCAGCGCUGCUGGUUUGUCCUCAAGGGCAAUCUCCUCUUCUACUUUGAGGAGCGGGAGAGCCGGGAGCCCGUGGGGCUGGUGGUGCUGGAGGGCUGCACCGUGGAGCUGUGUGAGGCCGCCGAGGAGUUCGCCUUCGCCAUCCGCUUUGACGAUGCUGGUGCCAGGGCUUAUGUGCUGGUGGCUGAUGGGCAGGCUGCCAUGGAGGCUUGGGUGAAGGCACUGUCACGAGCCAGCUUCGACUAUAUGCGGCUGGUGGUGAGGGAGCUCGAGAAGCAGCUGGAAGAGGCCUGCAAGAGCUUGGCUGCUUGCCGUAAGUCUCCGCAGAGGUCCUCCUCCUCUGGCAGGAAGAGGCACCUCUCCAACCCUGCCUUGCUGUCUCUCCAGGAGAAACCUGCUGUCCUGGAGAAUGGCUGCUCCCUGUGGGGUAGUAGUAGUGGUGGCACCCCUGGGGGUGCUGCCUGCCCCGAUCGUGAUGGGGGAUACACGAAGCCCCCACCCCUGCCUCCACGCCGGCGCUCGACCGCUGGCAGCACCUCAGGGUCUCCCAAAGCUGGCAUCUCACCAGCCAUGCCAGAGAGCCCAGUAUCACCUGAGACAGCCUGCUUCUCCAAGCUGCACAGCUGGUACGGGCAGGAGAUCACGGUGCUGAGACGGGAGUGGCAGGAGAGGCAGAAGAGAGGACACCCGUGACUGAGGGUGCAGGGCACGAGCUGCUGGCCAGCCAGUGCCCACGUGGAAGAGUGAAGCACAGGGGCAGAGGAUGUCGCUUGCCCCCCGCCCUGGUCAGUGACUGGGCAUGUGGUACAUCUGCACAUCAUGGGGCAGUUCUUGCUCUGGCUACAUCGUCACCCACCUCUCCUCCACUACUCUCUUUUGGCUUUGCUUCUCAGCGUGGGAGUUUGCACAGGUCAGCAUUUGCUAUUGUCUCUGGUCAUGCACCCAAAUCCUUCUGCCUUUGCUUUUUCACCAUAGAUACAGCUGGACUCUUAUGAAAUACCUCCAACAGGCCAGUGGCCCUGGCAGGUGCCUCCAGCCUUGUGCCUCUCUUACCACAGGACACACGUGAGCCACCCUAGCUGUGGCUGGCCCAGCAGCCAGGGUGACAAGAACUGGACUCUUGUGUCAGUUUUGCAUAAUGUUUUUUCACUUUCAU